AUGUAUCCGAUGGAUCAGAAUAAUGGUGACAAAGACAAGAAACAGGUUGGUGAAAAUGACAAAAAACAAAUCACGACGAAGACAAAAAGUGAGAUAAGAGUUGAAGGCCUUGGGAAGCCUCUUAAAAUUCUUAAAAACCCAAAAAAGAAACCAGAUUCUGAUGAAGAAAAGACUUUAACCAUUGACAGGAAAUCAUCUGAUGAGAUGCAUGAAAAACAGAAUACAAAGUUGCCUAUCAAGGAACCUAAGGUAGAAAGCAAAGAAACUGAGAAUUCUUGCAAGCUCAAAGAUUUGUUGACUGAACCUGUAUAUACAAGGUUGCUAGAAUCUAAUACUGGACUUCAUUUGAAGUCUCCACAGGAAUUAACUGAGAUGGCAAUGAGAUAUUAUGAUGAAGUUGCUCUCCCAAAGUUGGUCUCAGAUUUUGGGUCAUUGGAGCUAUCACCUGUUGAUGGUCGUACUCUAACUGAUUUCAUGCAUACAAGAGGUCUAAGAAUACGCUCUCUUGGGCAAGUUGUCAAGCUUUCAGAGAAGCUGUCUCAUGUUCAGUCACUCUGUAUUCAUGAGAUGAUAGUAAGGGCUUUUAAGCAUGUUGUACGAGCUGUGAUUGCUUCUGUUUCUGAUACUGGAGAUUUAUCUAUAUUGAUGGCUGCAACACUUAACAUGCUCCUUGGGCUUCCUGAUUCUGAUGUUUCACAUUCUGCUAUACGUGUGCACUUUCUAGUCUGGAGAUGGCUUGAAGUAUUUCUAAGAAAGCGAUAUAACUGGGAACUUACAAUCUCAAACUAUAAUGAUAUAAGAAAAUAUGCUAUUUUAAGAGGGCUAUGUCACAAGGUGGGAAUUGAAUUGGCACCCAGAGACUUUGAUAUGGAUUCAAAUUUCCCCUUUGACAAAUCAGAUAUCAUCAGCCUUGUACCUGUGCACAAGCAAGUUGCAUGCUCAUCUGCAGAUGCACGACAACUUCUAGAGUCUUCGAAAAUGGCACUUGAUAAGGGUAGCUUUCAGAUAUUUGUGUCACUGAAGGCCAUGGUUCUUAUGAUAUGGACUUAUGGAGCCACAACUUAUCAGCAGAAGGCAUUGGACAUAAAUGAGAGGGAGCUUGGAUUGGAUCAUCCAGAUACAAUGAAGAGCUACGGCGACCUAGCUGUUUUUUACUACAGGCUUCAACAUACUGAAUUGGCUCUAAAGUAUGUGAAACGUGCGUUGUAUCUUGUGCAUCUUACUUGUGGACCAUCUCAUCCAAACACAGCUGCUACAUAUAUUAAUGUGGCUAUGAUGGAGGAAGGCCUGGGAAAUAUACAUGUGGCACUUAGAUAUCUUCAUAAAGCUUUGAAAUGCAAUCAGAAGUUGCUUGGUCCUGACCACAUUCAGACCGCAGCAAGUUACCAUGCGAUAGCUAUUGCACUAUCCUUGAUGGAAGCAUAUCCUUUGAGUGUUCAACAUGAGCAAACAACAUUACAAAUACUUAGAGCAAAGCUUGGUCCAGAUGACUUGCGUACUCAGGAUGCUGCUGCCUGGCUUGAGUACUUUGAGUCAAAGGCUAUUGAGCAGCAAGAAGCUGCUCGAAAUGGUACGCGGAAGCCUGAUGCAUCUAUUGCCAGCAAAGGCCACCUGAGUGAUACCCAAGAUGAUGAGAACAUGAGUAGUCCAGGUGUUGAGUCAAAACAUGAAGAUGCUGUUGCCAAAAAGCAGUUAUUUGUUUCUCAACAAUCUAAAGGAACAGCAGAGCAAAAGGUUGCUUCUUUUAGUGAAGAUGUAAGAGAGAUAAAUACAGAAGCAGAAGAUGGUUGGCAACCUGUUCAAAGACCAAGGUCCAUCGGAGGUUCAAGCCAGCAAAUCAAGCAUCAACGUACAAGCACCUGGAAAACCUACAACUAUCAGAUGAAUGAUGUUCCUAGUGAAACUGUUCAAUCCAAGCCACAGUUUUCUUAUUUAAAUAAUGGGUAUUAUUUGCUUAAGAAAAAGAUAGUUAUUCCUGGAAGCUUUAAUGACAAUCUUAACAUGCAAGUUCAGUCACCAGACACCAGAUCUGGUCAGAAGGCGUAUAAGGCUGUAACUUAUCGGGUGAAGUCAGUGCCUUCAUCCACCAAUCCUGAGAUCAGUCAUAACUCUUGGAGUGCUGUCGAAAGAACGACUUCCCCAUUAGAUGCUCAUGCACCCUAUUAUCGCCAUGAUAGCCAGGUAUUAGAGAAUCAGAAGAACCUAAUAGGUGGUGUCUCUGAGCCUCGCAACAAUUUGGUUCAUAGUUUUAGUAAUUCUCCAUCAUAUAAAGAUGUAGCACUGGCACCUCCAGGAACAAUUGCCAAGAUACAUAGCCGAAAGUUUCAGGAGAAUAUGCCAUUGGAACAAGAGUUGUCUAUUGGUGGCAAUGCAUCUGAAAUAAAGGAAUCAUUUUUGGCUGAGGAACAUACAGAAAAUGCUGCGGAGCUACCUGAGAUAUCUAACAUAACCCAAGAUAAGGACACUGUCCAGGAUGCGUUUUUAGACUCAGAUAAAAAAGUUGAAGUUGAUCAUGAAGAAGAAAGAAAGGAAGAUUGUGAAACAGAACAAUUACUAGAACCAUCAUCUUCUGAUUUGGAAGUGGCAUCUUGUAGUAGCAUGCUCACCAAGAAUAUCAUUGACAAUUGUGUAUCUAGCAAUGAGGUUCAAGGAGUUGAGCAAAAUGAGAAUCAUGAUCAGAAUUCGUCAACAAAUACAUCUGAUAGGAAAAAAUCUGAGUGUCCCAUCACUGCAGAAAGCAAAGAAGAUAAUCAUGACGAAGCCUCAUGUACCAAUGUUGGUAUCAGUUCUUACUCUAGUCUCCAUCAAUUCAAUUUCAAGAAGGUUCUCAUCCCUGAGAAAACAGGUGGUGAUUAUCCCACGAUGGAACUACCACCUUCUAAUUAUGAUGGGAGAGAGGUAUCUAGCAAGAAGCUGUCUGCAUCUGCUGCACCGUUUAGCCCUUUCCCUGCUACAGUACUUGGUCCUGUUCCUGUAACUGUUGGUCUUCCUCCUAAUGGUACAAUUUCUGCAGUUACACCAUGGCCAUUGAGUGCCCGUCUGCAUGCUUCACCCACGGCUGUAAUGCCAAUGGUGCCUCCUAUUUGUACCUCACCGCAUCAUCCUUAUCCUUCUUCACCUAGGCCUUCGCACAUUCUACGUCCCUUGCCAUUUAUAUAUCCACCAUAUACCCAACCUCAAGUCAUUCCAAAUACCACUUUUGCUAUGAACAGUAACAUAUUUCAUGGAAACCAUUAUCCAUGGCAGUGCAACAUUGGUGCAAACGUUCCUGACUUUGCGCCAGGAUCAGUAUGGUCUGGUUCUCAUCCUGUGGACUUCUCAUCUUUGCCACCCAUCAUUAGUCCAACUUCUGAAUCCGUGUUGGAACCAAUUAUAACAUCUCAUUUAAGAACUGAUGUGAGUCUAGACCUUCCAUCGGAUAACAAUACUGAAGAAGGGACCAAAACAGAAGAGAAUAAUGAGAUAUCCCAGAUUAUAGACAUUUGUAAACCGCUGGAUGGUAACUGGUUAGAGAAACGGGAAUCUGAAGAAUCUCACAGAAAUAAUACAAAAAUUACCGACUUGGAAUCUGAGACGGUUUUCAGACAAGAUGCACAGCAUAGUGGUGGAAGGCAUGUCUUCAGGAGUAGCAAAAAGUAUGAGGGUGAGGGAAGCUUUAGCAUAUACAUCAAGGGUAGAAAUCGCCGUAAACAGACACUAAAGCUGGCUAUAAGUUUGCUCAAUAUGCCAUAUGGAUCACAGUCAUUUAAAGUUAUAUAUAGCAGAGUAGUAAGAGGAAGUGAUGUUAUAAGUGCAACAGAUAUAUCUUCCAGUGAAAAUAUUACUUCCGACUAGUCACAAGCAAAGAACACUACAAACUUCAAAAUGGGCAGGAAAGAAUUUUUUUUAUUGUUCAAGCCACAUCCAGGAGGACGUGACUGAAAAAUUAGCAAUGUUGAUAAUUUAGUUAUUGCUAUUUUUCAGGCAACUGAUAUUUUUUAUUAAGAAGCCAAGAUUGAACGUUCAGGAAGGUAAGCGACAAAUCUCCUCAUGGUCCAAGCCAGGUUCACAACAUAGAUUGUUGAGAAGGCUAUGAAGUUCCAAGUCUAGAGAGGAUGGAAAUAGCGUAGAACUUUUGACCAAAUCAUUAGAAUUAGGUUGAAACUAUUAACCAUUUUUUCUUCUCCAUUGAAGAGACAUGUAUGAGCAUUUUUCUCCUCUCUUUUUUCCCCUUUUCCUUUUGAGGAUUCUGAAAUUUAUAGCCGACAACAUUGUAAGUCAUGGGAUUUUGUGAACCUCGACUUUUCUACCCAUCAAAAUAACUUUUGCAAUUUCUGCUAAUAUAUUCUUUUCGGGUA